AUGAGUAUACCCGUAAAGUGUAUAAAACAUGAAAAUGUGUAUACUUUAUUUAUUAAAGAUAUAGAAGAAUUUUUGAAAUAUUUCGACAACCUUCUUCCAAAUCUCAGCGUUUUGGAAGAAUACAGCGAAUGCUUAGGAAAGGUCGUAUUGCGUCAAAAAGAUCUGGACGAGAUCACC